UAUCACUGUCUCUUAUUUUAUGCCAUUUUAGUGGCGUUAUUUCCUCCCUCUUGUAAUUCAUUAUUCCCUCUAAUCUCUUUUUUUUCUCUGUUUAUCUCUCAAAUCUCUUGCACAUCACGAGUGUGUUACAACAUAAUACAAGUGAGGAUAGCUACCGGAAUGAGUUUGACAGGAAUUAUGGCUGGCUGCUACAUGGCACAUGAACAUACAAUGACAGGUCACUUUUGUAAUUCAUUAGACUGCAACAGGAAACGGCAUUCACUGUUUGUUGAAGACAAAAUUUGUACUGUUGAUACAUUUCAUCUCUAUGCUAACGUGUUGUUAGUUUUUUGGUUGUUCUUGGUGGCAAGCUCUUACUUUCUCUUGAGCAAAAAUGUCAAUGCUUUUGGCGGUUGCAGAGAAAAACGUGAGAAAGUUCAUUCAUCUGACCGAACUAUCUCUAAUACAAGCACAGAGAAUGAUGCAACUGUUGCAAAUGAUGCGUUUAGCUGUAACGAGAGUUUAAGGUGUUCUCAUAGAGGUUCAUCCAAUAACAGCUGGACCAAGUGUGAUGCUUACUUUGAGAUUUUAUAUUUAGACAAACAAAGUUACUUGCAUUCUUUACUCAAUCUUGAUGAAGACUCUGAGUGGCUCUCAGAUUUCAAGCCUUAUGGGCGUUCACGUGAGAACCCUUCUACUCCUUUUAGCUACGAGUGUGAUGCUUACCGUGAGAUUUCAGAUUUUGAUAAAGUAUGUAACUUGCAUUCUUUACUUAGUCUUGAAAAUGAAGACUCUGAGUGGUUCUCAGAUACGAAGUCUUGUGGAUGUUCUUCAGAGAGCCCUUCAACUCCUCUCAGCUACAAAUGUGAUUCUUAUUGUGAGAUUUUAGAUUUGGACCAAGCAAGUUACUUGCAUUCUUUACUGAAUCUUGAAGAUGAAGACUCUGAGUGGCUCUCAGAUUCGAAGCCUUGUGGAUGUUCACCUGAGAAUCCUUCAACUCCUCUUAGCUCCAAGUGUGAUGCUUCUUCUGAGAUUUCAGCUUUUGACAAAGCAAGUUACAUGCAUUCUUUACUCAGUCUUGAAGAUGAAGACUCUGAGUGGCUCUCAGAUUCAAAGUCUUUUGGAUGUUCGUUUGAGAAUCCUUCAACUCCUCUUAGCUACAAGUUUGAUGCUUUUUCUGAGAUUUCAGAUGCGGACAAAUUAGGUUACAUUCAUUCUUUACUCAAUCUUGAAGAUGAAGACUCUGAAUGGCUCUCAGAUUCGAAACCUUUUGGAUGUUCACUUGAGAACCCUUCAACUCCUCCUAGCUACAAAUUUGAUGCUUUUUCUGAGAUUUCAGAUUUAGAUAAUGUAAGUUACAUGCAUUCUUUACUCAAUCUUGAAGAUGAAGACUCUGAGUGGCUCUCAGAUGCAAAGUCUUUUGGAUGCUCAUCAAAGAACCCUUCAACUCCUCUUAACUGCAAGUUUGAUGCUUCUUCAGAGAUUUCAGAUUUAGACAAAGUAAGUUUCAUGCAUUUACUCAACCUUGAAGAUGAUGACUCUGAGUGGCUUUCAGAUGCAAAGUCUUUUGGAUGCUCAUCAGAGAACCCUUCAACUCCUCUUAGCUACAAGUGUGAUGCUUCAUCUGAGAUUUCACCUUUUGAUCAAGAAAGUUACGUGCAUUCUUUACUAAGUCUUGAAGAUGAAGACUCCAAGUGGCUCUCAGAUUCAAAGUCUUUUGGAAGCUCAUCUGAGAAUCUUUCAACUCCUCUUAGCUACAAGUAUGAUGCUUCUUCUGAGAUCUCAGAUUUGGACAAAGUAAGUUUCAUGCAUUUACUCAAUCUUGAAGAUGAAGACUCUGAACGUCUCUCAGAUUCUACCAGUUUGAGUAUUGUGGUUCCUCCUUCAAUCUCUACAAGCUCCUCAUUCUCUGGAGCACACUAUGGCAACUCGGAAUUGGAGCAUCUAUUAGAAGCUGCAGAUAUGGAAGUGUUCAGUGCUGAUGAACCACUUUUUUGGCCAUUUGAAGGGAAACACAAAUGGAAUUCUGAGGAGCCAUGGAGUUCAUUUUGUACCUCCCCUCGGAAAAGGUUUCUAUCCAACUCUAGAUCAAUGACAUCAAGGUUAAACACGUGUCCUAAAAGUUCAGCCAAGGUAGUACCUCUAGAGUGUGAAGAUGAAAAAGUUACACUGAAAAGUGGAGUGCUGAGCAAUACGGACCUUUUGGGAAAGGAGUAUUUUGCUUUGGGUCAGGAACUUCCCAUUGAGACAUUGGUGGGGCUCAAGGAAUUUGAUGGACAUGAAGGGCUUGAUUUUGAAUACAAUGAUGUUUUUCUUCUGGAUGAAUAUCUCCAAUAAUUUAAGCACACUAGCUUCGUAACCUAGUGAAGACUGAAGAGCAAGUAUGACUGCAACUUAUUAGAUUAUAUCAGUAUAGACAAUAGAGUACACUUAGGUUCUCUUUAACUGCCUUUAUAUGAUCUAAUGCUUACUACAUGUCUUAAUUAAAUAUGUACUUCCCUAAUUGAAUAACAUAUGUAAUUAGGCAUAGUUGUACAAAUAGGUCACUGGCUUAAAACAGUGUACAUGGUGUUCCAGCAGAAAUAGUUUGGUUACUGGCUAAACCUUUGGUUUGUGCUCAUGUAUUUUAACUGUUUCUUCGUUUUGUUUGUUUGAUAUC